GAUCAACUGCUACUGAGUGUGGAAGCCGAGUGAACGAAAGCCGUCUCUAUUCCGUUCAAAAACAUUCGAAAUAUUUGUAUUGGACAUAGAAAUCACUGCUUCGGGUAGUAAAUCUGCGGGAACUAGAAUUAAUACUUUACGCUGUGUUUUUCUUUAACACCCAGAAACCUGACUUUUUCUCUAAUAUCAAUCUUGUUUUUUUUAACUUCCUCCAGUCUUCACGAAGUAAAACAUUUUAAGCUACCUUGCGUGUCAUAUGUUUUUGUCCUCAUAUGAUGUGUGCCGUAGCAUUCAUAAAACUACAAUAAUGUAAAUGUGAAUUAAUAGGUAGUAUACUGAAGACCUCAUUAAAAUUUGGAGAUUCAAGGUAAUAAGGCUGUUAAAAUGACUUUAGGGUUUAAUGCUUUGAAGAAAAUUUUCUUCAAAGCAUUAAACCCUAUUAAACACUAUUAAUAGUGUUGAUGGAUUUUUAAUGUAAUAUGCGUUUGGAAAAGUAUAAUUUUCCUUUAAUCAAAUAGUGUAAUUCGUGGCCGAGCUUAUAAAUAUGUAUUUGUAUGUUGAGACAAAUAACGGCUUCUCUUAUAUCAGAUUAUCAGGUUACGUUGUCACCUAAACUUGACUGUCACUACGUGAAACAUUUUUGAAGUGGAUAAGAUGUACUUGCUUAACAUCAUCUCUAAGAUUUUAUAAUGUGACUAAUACUUAGUUACGUUCACCUAGAUCCAUACGUCACUGGUCUUAUACGAAUUUAAAGCAUCUGAAUACCAUUUCUUCGGAAUGCUCUGAAAUCGGUCGAAAUAUCUGCUAUAUUCCAGGAUUUAUCACUAUCAAUAUAUUUUAAUGUCUCACAAAAAACACAAGCAAAAAAGAAAGCAUAGAAAAUCAAGCACUGAUGAUUCUUCAUCAGAGAGUGAUUAUGAAUGGAAACAAGAUGAUCAAAGUCCAAAAGAAAAAUCUACUAAAAAUAGUGACGUACAGGAAAAUAGUUGGAUCACUGAUGUCAAAUCUCUGGACUGCUUUUUUGAUACAUUUAGUUCAAAGUCAAGCGGGAAUAAAGCAACGAAAAGUAGUCAGAAUAAUAGCUACAAAAUAAAUGAGCUUAAUCCUUACUUGAAAGAUGGAGGGAGUGGUUUGCCAAAUAGUGAGACUUCUUCAAAAUCAGUUUUGACAGAUGAUAAUCAAUCAUGGUUGUAUAAGUCAUUCAUUCGUUGUGUUGACACAUCUAGGGAGACGGGUGUUAGUUUAAGAAAUGUAUUGCUUCAGCGUUGGGACGAAGAUACUGUGAAUGAUAUGUUGAAUAGAUUCGGAGAUAGACAUGGAAAUGACAAAUGUUCCAGAACGCAGUGUAAUUCUAACACAUUGGACAUGAAACCACGUUGGCGUAAAUGCCAGACUACUAAUCCUACUACUGAUAAGAAUGAAAAAUCAUCGUCUCAUUUACAUUCUAAAAGAGUUUAUUCGCCCGAGGAUAUUGAAUCAUUAUCAAAGCAAAAAGAAUUAACCACGGAAUCAGAAAAUUCUAUCAAUGAUUGUCAAAGAACAUUUGAAGAACGUUUAGUUACAAAUGAUGACAUAAAUUCAGUCGCUGCUAAGGUGAUGCGAGCAGAAUUGGAGUCGAAUCACGUGAAAGUAGAAAAAUUAAAAGCAAAUUUAGAAAAAUUACGUGAAGCUAUGCGUCGUGGCAUUAAAGUACGAAUUCAUACUGUACAAAAGAAUAAAGCAAUCCAUAAUCAGUCAGGAGAUAAUCGGUCUAAAAUAAUCGCAUUAACACGUUUAAAUGAUCAAGGUAUUGAAAUACCAGUACAUAUACGUAAUCUUCCAGGAACUUCACAUACCAAUGAUAAAAACUCACAACGUUUUAAAUCUCAUGACUCAACUGGGCAACGGAUAGCCUUCUUCCCAGAAGAUAAUGAAGACCAACAAGUUGCUGAUAUGAUACGUGAUGAACGUUUACAUUCAGCCAGUGAUAUGGAUUUGGAAUUUUCAAAACUUGCUAGAAAGAGUGUAGAAGAUGAAUACACUGAUGCUUUUGUGAAAAAACGAGUAAAUGCUGAAAAAGAAGCUAUUAAAUGUAAACAGGAUGCUGUAUCAUCUUAUAAGAGAAGAGUAUUUGCUGAGUCAAAGUGUUUAACUUGUCUGGAACGUGUUCCUAAAUAUUUAAUUGUUAGUCUUGGUGAAAAGGUGUUUUUGUCUUUACCUUCCCAUAUUAGUAUGACACCAGGUUAUUGUUUACUUACACCUUAUGAACAUAUCAGUUCAACUACUCGACUAGAUGAAGAUGCAAUAAAAGAAAUUCGACAUUUCAAAUAUCAACUAACAGUAAUGUUCGAAGAGCAGUACAGUCAGUCAGGUUGUGUUUUCAUUGAAACUGCUAGUAAAUCGGAUACUAUUCGUCAUCAUGCACAAGUGGAGUGUAUUCCGGUUCCCAAAAAAUUAUACAGCUCACUACCUGCUUACUUUAAGAAAGCCUUAAGCGAAAUUGGCUCUGAAUGGGAUCAAAAUCGUCGCCUGAUCACAUUAAAACCGGGUGGAUCUGGUGCGUAUGGUGCAAUUCCUCCGAAAUUCGCUUAUUUAGCUGUAGAGUUCGGUACUACAAAUGGUGGUUUCGCACGUAUUUUAGAUGAAGAACAUGAAAUAUCUUCAUAUUCUGGACGUGAAAUUAUAGCUGGUGCACUAGACAAAGAGCCUCGUCUAUGGCGUAAACCGAAAUUGGAGAAUUUUGAACAUUUACGUCAAAAAGUUGUAACUUUUGAAAAUCUAUGGCAUACAUACGAUAAAUGGCAACCGAAUAAACUGAAUACUCAUUCUUCAAAUGAUGCACAAAUAAUUAAUGAUGGAGAGUCAGGUUCAAACAACCGUGAAUUUGAACCAGAAGGUCCAGCUUUACCUCCAGGAUAUUGAAUUUUGUAAAUGUAUCAUAUAUAUAUACAGUGUACAUAUAUAUUCGUUAUUUUUUGCUAGUCUCAAAGUAUGAAUAACUAGAUUCAUUCUGCACAUAUUGCUCUUGAGUGAAUCGUUAUUUUUUAUAUUUAAAAAUAUUUUUAAUCAUGUAUUCGGUAGUUUUUUCUAGUUAUGGAUCAAGGAAGUUAUUUAUAAAAAAAAC